GCCUGGCCCCUCCUCCACAAUGUGGCUUCUCGCCUUCUUCCUGCUGGCAUCUGCAGCCCGGGAUGGCGACAAGGUUCUAGAAGGUGAAGAGUGCCCACCCCACUCCCAGCCGUGGCAAGUCGCCCUCUACGAGCGCGGGCGCUUCAACUGCGGGGCCUCCCUCAUCUCGCCACGCUGGGUGCUGUCUGCUGCCCACUGCCAAACCCGCUUCAUGAGUGUGCACCUGGGUGAGCACAAUCUGCGGAAGCACGAGGGCCCGGAGCAGCUGCGGGCCGUACUCCGCACCAUCCCGCACCCCGGCUAUGAGCCACGCAGCCACCUUCACGACAUCAUGCUGCUGCGGCUGGCCCGCCCCGUGAACCUCACUCCACAGGUUCGACCCCUGGCCCUGCCCACGCGCUGCCCACACCCCGGUGAGGCCUGCGUGGUAUCGGGCUGGGGCCUGGUGUCAGACAAUGAGUCUGGGACUACAGGAAGCCCCACGUCACAAGUGAGUCUGCCGGACACGUUGCAUUGUGCCAACAUCAGCAUCAUCCCAGACACAUCUUGUAACAAGGAUUACCCAGGCCGCCUGAGGGACACCAUGGUGUGCGCAGGAGUGGAGGGCGGCGGCACAGACUCCUGUGAGGGUGACUCGGGGGGACCCCUGGUCUGUGGGGGAGUCCUGCAGGGUGUGGUAUCCUGGGGAGACGUCCCUUGUGACACUACUACCAAGCCUGGGGUCUAUUCCAAAGUCUGCUGCUACUUGGACUGGAUCAGAGAGACCAUGAGGAGGAACUGACCCCUGGCCUGUGCCCCGAGUCCCAGCCUGAA